UCGGUAAGGCGGAAGGAGAGGAAGGUCCGAAUCGGGCGAAAAGCACCGGCGGUUUGCAGCUGUCCGAGAUAAGCCUUUUCUCCAUCUGUUGUUGUUUAUCAGUUCGUCUCGUCGAGGAAUUCCUCGGCGAGCUUCGUGUUUUUUCGGAAAGUUCGGCUUCACGCAGGAAACAGACGGCGUUAUUUGCAGCUGGUGGCUCUCAGUCCCACAGACAGACCUCUCCCACUUCCUGCUUCUGCUCAGCAGGAGGAGCAGUGGUGGCGCCGCGGGUGGGUGACCUGCUGGUUUCUGAGAAGGGCUUUUCCUUUCCUGUCACUCAGAGGAUGUCAGUGACCCCUCGCCGCGUGCGCCUAAAGCCCUGGCUGGUCGCUCAGGUGAACAGUGGAAGGUACCCGGGUCUGGAGUGGAUCGACCGUGAGGCCAUGCGCUUCAAGAUCCCAUGGAAACACGCCACGCGCCACACACCGCAGCAUGAGGACGAGGACACCAUAUUUAAAGCGUGGGCCGUGGAGACCGGGAAGUUCCAGGAAGGCGUGGAUGAACCCGACCCUGCAAAGUGGAAAGCCCAGCUUCGAUGUGCCUUGAAUAAAAGCCGAGAAUUCAACCUCGUUUACGACGGCACCAAAGAGGUCCCCAUGAACCCGCUGAAGAUAUAUGACGUGUGCGACAUUCCACAGCCUUCCAGUAACCAAGAUACUGGACCUUGGACACCAACAGAAGAUGAUGGAAUUGAAGAUGAUGUUCCAAACACACCAGAGUCUCUUCCUCCGUACCCGUCCAACGGCACCAGUCCUUCACCACUCAUUCUGUGGUCCCCAAUGGGUUCAGAGUCAUCCAUGCCCCCAGCCAGCUGUCCUCCCUCUAAUGAGGCCUGGCCCAAAGAGGAGCCCAUCAAAAUCGAGCCUCCGGAUGUGGAGAUGCAGCCCACACCCAUGGCUGACCUGCCUCCCGCUCCUCUUCCUGAUCCAAUUCUGCAACCGGCUCCUCUGUCUGAUUCAUUUUUUGCUUCUCCAGAAAUGUGGAUCAGUUCUCUCCCAAUGACGGACCUGGAGGUGCAGUUUCUGUACAGAGGGAAGGAGAUGUGUCCCACCAUAACUGUCAGCAACCAGCAGGGCUGCAGGCUGUUUUAUGGGGACCUGGGACCCAUGGUCAACCAGGAGGAGCUGUUCGGGCCGGUGAACCUGGAGCAGCUGCGCUUCCCGUCCCCAGAACACAUCACCAAUGACAAGCAGAGGGUCUUCACUCACCGCCUGCUGGAUGUGAUGGACCGAGGCCUCAUUCUUGAGGUCAGCGGACAUGACAUUUAUGCAAUCCGCCUCUGCCAGUGUAAGGUGUACUGGUCCGGCCCGUGCGCUCCAAACCCAGCAGCACCGAAUCUUAUAGAGCGGCAGAGGAAGAUCAAACUCUUCUGUCUGGAGUCUUUCCUUAGCGAUGUCAUCGCUCACCAACGCGGCCAGACACCAAGACCUCCCCAGUUUGAAAUCAGUCUGUGUUUUGGGGAGGAGUGGCCUGAUGGAAGACCCAGAGAGAGGAAGCUCAUCAUGGUCCAGGUCAUUCCGGUGGUGGCCCGGAUGAUAAGUGAGAUGUUUUCCAACGAUAACACCCGAUCCUUCGACAGCGGCAGCGUUCGCUUGCAGAUUUCCAUCCCAGACAUCAAAGACAACAUCGUGACCCACCUCAAGCAGCUGUACUGCUUGCUGCAGACACACCAGGGUCAGGAGGGCUGGGCUUUGCCUCCUGGCCCCGGCAUGAACAUUGUCCAAGCCCUGCACAAUCAGUGAGGUGGCCUUCUGCGCAUGUGUUUUCUCACUCUGCUUCUGUUAGGAAAGAAGUACUUGACAUGUAAUCAAACCUACAUGCAUGCAUAGUGUACUGUAGCCUCUGUCUCUGUUAAACCUUUGCUGUGAAAAUGUUUCCUCGUAGUUAAGCCUUGAAGUCUGCAUGAUGCAUCAAACACCCAUGUGGUGUUUGAAUGGGCCAAAGUCCUGUUCCUGUGAGGGAACAUUCAUGGUUAAUAAGUUACAGAUGUUGCCCCGUGUCUUAUUUAGUCACAUCGGACCGCUGAUCGUCUGACCAUUCAGUCCAGAAAGAGGUUCUGAAGCCUGUUUGUGUUUUUCCUGAAAGAACUCACAUUUCCUAAGAGUCCAGCGGUCCAAGCUGGACCUGUGUGCGUUAGGGGUUUCUGGACCUCUAAAGGGCUUUGGCAGAAUUCAUCCUGGACUGUUAUGGGCUUCUCUUCUCCCAUUUUAUCUUUCCAUUUACACUGUAGGAUAUUUUUCGUGCUGUAUCCUGACAGCCGUCAGCUUCACAGCUCUGUUUUUAUUCUGCUGCACUUUGGGUGCUGUACUGUGUUUUAUGACCUGUAUAUAUGCUCUGUAACUGCAUGUUUAUUUUAUCAAUAAAAAGGAUUACAUAACUUUGGUUUUUAUGGUUACAAAUGACAGGAUUGAAAGACAUCUGUUGGUAUUAAACAUUUUCUUUGUUUAUUCCCAUUAUUUUUUAAAAACAAAGUUUUUUUUCUCCUAUUAACUUUUAUUAAUGCAUCUUUUUCUGUAAAAAAGGAGUUGGGGACUUAGUAAUCUUUUAGUACCUUCAAAUCUGUCUGCUCAGCACAGCUGACCUUGGAUCCAAGCCAUUUGAAUUCCUCUGGGUCUUUUAAUUAAAAACCUGGAAUGCAAGAAAAAAAGAGGGGGGGGGGGGGGGGCUUAAGGUGUUCAUGAUAGGAAGUCAGUGGGGUUAGUGUUCAGUUGAAUUGUUUGCUUAGCACAGGAAUCUGCAACCUGAGGCUCUAGGGCCACAUGCUGGAUAAAAAUGCUAACAAUCUGAAUAAAUAUUUGAUUUUUUA